ACUUCAUAUCUACUACCUUUUUUGGACCCCAUGUCAAGGGAUUAGAUUGUUAAUUCACCCAAAGGUGAGUGAAGACAAAUCUGCUGUGUCGCAUGGUUCGGAUAAUGGUUACAAGAUGUUCUUUUCCGUGAGGUAAUGGCCCAGAAAGCUGGAAUGUUUGCUUCCUGUGUUUCUUGGCGAAACUGAAUGCCGUGUGUACGUUGCUCAUAAUCUUCUAUGACCCUGGUGAUUACAUUAGCACUUAACUUCUUAUGGAGGGUGGCAGUAUUGAGUAGCUUGGAUGACUGACGUGCCCAGAGUAAACUGCCUGCUACUCAUAUUAGUAGAUUUGGAUAGAAAACACUCUGAAGUUUCUAAAACUGUUUGAAUGAUGUCUGUAAGUUUCACAGAACUCAUAUGGCAGGCAAAAACCUGAGAAAAAAUCCAACCAGGAAGUGGUUUGUAGUUUUUCAAGUGAUUGCCUAUCCAAACUACAGUGUCUAUGGGGUAAUUUUGCAAUUCCUACGGCUUCUACUAGAUGUCAACAGUCUUUAGAACCUUGUUUGAGGCUUCUACUGUGAAGUGGGGGAGAAUAAGAGCUCAUUGGGUGAGAGGACUUCCAGCAGGGCAUGAGCCUCAGCCAUGCACACUCAUGUGAGAGGUAGCUCCGUUCCAUUGCAUUUCUGAAGACAAAGGAUUUCUCCGGUUGAAACUUUAUUGCAGAUUUAUGAUAAAACAUCCUAAAGAUUGAUUCAAUACAUCGUUUGACAUGUUUCUAUGAACUGUGAUGGAAUUUUUUGAGUUUUCGUCUUACCUGCGCGUCGUGAAUUUGGAUUUGUGAACUGAAGGCGCGAACAAAAAGGAGGUAUUUAGACAUAAAGGAUGGACUUUAUCGAACAAAACAAACCUUUAUUGUGGAACUGGGAUUCCUGGGAGUGCAUUCUGAUGAAGAUCAUCAAAGAAUCCAUUCAACCACAGUGCUCUACCGCCGCCGCUGCCACCUCUACCGAUACGGCCACCAGCUCUACCACCACCAUCACUAGCUCUACCUCCAACGCCACCAGCUCUAACGCCAAAACCUCUACCUCCACCACAUCUUUCUCAACCACAACCUCCACCCUGAAGCCUGCCCUUGCUCCAAAUCAGUUUAUUGGAGUUGUCCCAGAUGCUCCAGGAGGCGAGGCCGAGGAAGGCAGUCUGUGGCUGUACUGACAGCCUCAAUUUACAAAAGGUUGCUGGAGGAAAAGGCUCGACAGAAACAUCAACAAGAAGAAAAGAGAGAGAGUAAGAAAACAAAGCAGGUUUUUCAAAAAAAGUUUGUCUCAAGGUUGUUGCAACACAACAAGACAAAUCAGCCACCAAAGAAGAGGAUGCAGAGUGCCUUUUCUGUGAGGUGUUUUCAGUCACAGGUGGGGACUGGAUUAGGUGUGAGCAGUGAUAUGCAUAGUGAUACGCAUAGUGAUAAGGUGAUAAGGAGUUGGUGGAUAGCUUCAUUUGUGACCUAUGUACAAAUUAUAAUUGUGCAAUAGCAGAACAAAAGAGAUGCAACGUCAAUGUUACACUGAAUUAGUAAAGUAAUGAGUUAUUGUUAUUAAAUGUUAUAUUCCAAUGUUAUUUAAUGUUUUUAGUUAUAUUCCAUUCCAAUCUUAUAUUCGAAUGAAUAUAUUUAUUUUAUGAAUUAAAAACACCUAUUGAAAAUC